GUUCAUUAUAUUCUAUGUAUGAUUUGAAUCGGUUGUACAUAAUUUUUUUGAAGAUUUUAUUGAAGACUAUCAUUCGAUAGUUAAGUGAAUUUAACCUCACAUCAUUAAUUUUCAUUUGCCAUCAAACCAUAUUAACGUUUCCACACUACUCCUCUGCUUUUUUUUAGGUUGAAGGAUAAGUACGGACGAGUUUUCUCCCUAAAACUUGGAAGCUACAAGGUUGUAAUGGCAGCAUCUCCGGACGCCGUUCAUGAACUGCUUGUUAAGAAAUCCGCUGAUUAUGCAGGAAGACAGCAGACUUAUGCUCUAUCUUCAAUAACCCUCGGAGGGAGAGAUGUCGUCUUUUCUCAUUAUGGCCCAGGUUGGAAGCUUCAUCGCAAACUCUUUACGACAGCCUUACGUCAAUACUUAUCGGAUAUUCCUUUGAUCGAAAGCCGAGUGUUAGUACAGGCAAAGAAACUUACAAAAUAUAUGGAAACGUUAAAAGGAAAGCCUUUUGAUCCCUCUGCAAGCUUAAACAGAACCGUUGCUGACGUUAUCUGUGGCAUCACUGUCGGAGAAGGAUACGACACCACCAACCCAAAUUUGGACAGGCUCCUGAAACUUAACGUUGAUUUUGUUUCAGACCACGAUAAUGUACAGCUCGUGAGGAUACUGGACUUUGUCCCAGUAACACAGUACCUACCUAUUAAGGCUUACGAUCGAUUCAUUAAGCCUUUCUACAAAAUGUUCGAUAUCAUUCGCAUAUUCUUGCGAGAGCGAGAGAAAAAUUUUGAUACUGAGCAACCCAUUCAAGACUUGAUCUCGGGUCUCAUUCUCGCCAAAAAAGAGGCCGAACGAGAAAAUGAUCCGGAAAAGGCCGCAUUCCUAUCCGAGGAUUACUUCGUUAAUACCGUGGAAGACAUGUUCAUCGCCGGUUAUGAAACUACAGGUACCACAAUGAGGUGGGCAUUGGCCAUGUUGGUUAACUACCCAAAGUACCAAGAGGAUAUUCAACGACAAUUAGAUGAGGUAGUUGGUGACCGAACACCGUCAUUGAAUGAUCGACCCAGUCUGCCCCUGAUACACGCUACCAUCAUAGAAACGCUUCGCCUUGGAAACGUAGUUCCGCUUGCAGUGCCACAUUCUACCCUGAAUGAUACGACUCUCUGCGGCUACCGUGUCCCUAAAGGUACGAUAGUGCUUCCUAACACAGAGUCGGUUCACCUGGAUCCCAAAUGCUGGGAAAACCCAACUGAGUUCAACCCUUACCGUCACCUUGACGAUGAAGGAAAGCUGAUCACUAACCAAGGUAAUUACUUCCCAUUCGGACCGGGACGACGGUUCUGUGCUGGCGAACCCCUGGCUAAGGUCGAGUUGUUUUUAUUCAUGUCAUGCUUAUUGCAGAAAUUUACGUUCGUGGCUGAAAAAGAUGGGUGUCCGCCUAAGUUGAAAGGCUUGUACGGCUUUACACAAUUUCCUGCUCCUUAUAAGAUACGCGCCAUUAAACGAAAAUGAGAUGGAAUUUUGACCAAGUGUUUUUACUCCACGAAAAGCUCGGAGAACAUUAUGUUAGCAGUUUCCUCCUUUACAUUUAUUACGCCAUGAUAAACUUGUACCUUUCAUUUCGGAUUUUUUUUAUCUUUGUAACGGUGAGUGCUGAGCAAAUGUAUGAGUGCAGACGCACCACUUUGUUCACUUAUUAAGAGGAUAAGCUUGGGCUCAGUGUAACCUAAUUUUUCUUUUAAGCUUGCUGUAAUCUUUUCCCACGUUACAUCGGGUUAAGUUUGGUCUGAUUCAUUUGGCCUUCAUCACCAGCGUUGCAGAUUGCUCUGAAAUCAUCAAUACAUUUAGCUUUUUACGGUUCCUUGUCAUAGUACGAUCAAACUGAUUUAAACAUUCUCCGAGUAUUUUUAGAACAUUAGAAAAAAAAUCUACACGGGGUAUCCUCUAUUGUGCUUUAUUAGGUCUUAUAGCACGUCUAGGGCUUAAUAAUCGUUUCCUACACUAAGUUAGUAUCAUUUGCCUGAAAAUGCCUUAAUGAAAAAUAUAAUUACUGGUGUCAGUAGCAACAUUUUUCGGAUUAAACCGAAGUUUAUUUCCUCAGCUUACUCAUGAUGUUCUUUCGUUUACGACCUGUCGAAUAGUGCCGCGCGUCAAGCCACCCAAUAGAGUUAGGAACAAGUGCGAUUGCUAAACUGUGAGAAUGAGUCGUGCAGCGAUAACUAUGCCACCUCGAAAUAUUCUUAGACAUGAGUUGAAAUCACUUAAAUUUAAACUGGAAAUGUUAUAAUUUUUUGCCGAAUAGGUUAUACUUCUUCACUCAAUAUCUAUACAAGGUAUUAUUAAUUUGGGUAUCACUUGAUAUCGGCCUAGGUUAGUGGUUGUCUAAUAAUUCUAGUGUGAAUUUGUGAACGCAUAGUAAAUUUCUCGAUUAGGUAGUCGAGUACAAGUUUAUUAAUACAUUUGUACAUCAUCACUAUGUCGUUCAAAUCAAUUCUGUCAUUAACAGGCAGCUAGUUUA